AUGGAGUCGGAGGAAGCAACACCCGACCCAAUAACCGCUGCAGCGCACGACGUAUCCGAAGGCAAUCAUGAUCAGCGAGACGAUGGGAACAAAGCGCACGAGAACGAGGAAGACAACUCCAGCGAGUCACUCGCGGAGCGCUUCUCUCGACUGUGCGCAGAGAUUCCCAUCACCACUCCGUCAUCCACCGGGAAGCCUUCGCUUCCCGGCUUGCCUCCGGAACACGCUCGCUACUUAUCUCGCAAUCCCGACGGAGAGCUGUACAUGACCGCAGAGGCCGUUUCGGACGCUGAAGGGCCCAACCGCUGCGCCGUCAUAUCCGCUUUCCGCGCCGCGCUCGCUCAUGCUUAUGGUGACGGUGAUGUCGAGGGUACUAAGCCAGGGUCAAUAUUCCCCGACAGCCAUUCCGAUGCGACAGAACAUCCCGCCGGUACUCCCUCUGUAAGUUCCGAUAUCAGACCUUCCUUCUGCGCGAUGGGCGGCCAACCUGAAUUCGAGCCACCCGACAUUCAAGGUUUCACCUGGGACGAUUCCUUGUCAAAGCAAACAAUGGAUCACUUUGUUUCUGAAUGGCGAGCCGCCCGCGAGUCCCAAGAGCGCCUUGACGCAGAAGAGGCAGCUGUGGCCAUGGCCCGAGCGGCAGCAGCAAGCGCCGGACGAUCUCGUGCCAAUCCACGCCCUUCGUCUUCUCCACCACCCAGAAGAUACAGCUUCAAUCCAGACCCCGUGGUUUGGGCAGCUCAAGAAGAGGCAGCCGCAGCCGCGGUACUCAGAGAACUCAGAUCCAAUCUUGGAAAGCUCAGAAAAGGGAGCUCGAAAGCCCCACACGAAAGUAGUGCAAUUUGGACAUUGGUGAAAGAUGGCAAGGGCAAGCUCAAACCUCAGGCGGCUGCAGAGAUGGCACGCGCAAAAGUAGCAGCCGCGGCAGCUGCGGCAACAAUGAGAGAGGUCGACCCUGUGCCACCUACAGCGGAGAAUAGCAACUGCUCAGACCAAAGCAACCCAGUGGUAAUGCCGAAGAACCAUACUCAGCUUCUGUAUGAACAAUGGCGAUCGGAAAGACGCAGUAACUCGCACAAAUUUGAAAGUGUCUCAGACAAAGACGUUUGUUCCAACAGUCCGGGAUUCCCCAGAGCUCUUUCGUUGGAUUCAAGCACGAGAUUGAAGAACGUGGGGAAGAAGAAACGGGUUGAAUUUGCGGCAGGGACCGUAUUCAGCACGAAGUGA